ACAUUCAUAAAUGUUACUGUAACUUGUCUAACUGCCUCGACAAGUGCAGAACACACGAGCACACACAGAGAGACAGAGAGACGUUUACUGUCCUGGGACAAGAGGAAGAAGAAUAUUUUAAACAUCAGUAGUUGAGCAAGAAGAAAGGAAAAAAGAAAGGCUUUAAAUGACUCCUUUGGAAGAAUGAUAGAAGUGGCCGUGUCCCAGUCGUCCAACAUGUCUCUGGAGGAGAGUCCUGGCAGAGACGCAGUGGAGAGUGAGACGGACUGCUCGGAGGGGCUGGACGAGGUCGUCCUGGGACGUAUCGCCGGUUUACCCCUGGAUCCGUUUCCACCCAGAGACUUCAGAGGGAAAUUCAAAAAGAUGCGCCACAAAAAGAGGCCGACCAUUCUGGAAACAUCGCCCGUGGCAAACGGAUACAACAAACCCCCCAACCCUCCAGUCAGCUGUCCUCAGGGAGAGAAGGGUCCACCGGCCAUGAUGCCCGUCAGCAUCGACCCGGAGAGCAAACCGGGCGAAUUCGUCCUCAAGAGUCUGUUCGCCAACUUCACCAACGUCUCCGAGCGAAAGAUUCGCAUCAUCAUGGCUGAGCCUCUGGAAAAGCCAUUAACGAAGUCACUACAGAGAGGAGAAGAUCCUCAGUUUGACCAAUUGAUAAGCACCAUGAGCUCUUUGGCCGAGUACUGCCUCCCCUCCAUCCUGCGCACUUUGUUCGACUGGUACAAAAGACAAAAUGGACUCGAGGAGGAGUUGCACGAAUACCGACCGAGAGCCAACACCAAGUCCAAAAAUGAUGAGCAGCAGAGGGAUUUUCUACUUGAAAGGAGGGAUUUGGCCAUCGACUUCAUCUUCUCUCUUGUACUUAUAGAGGUUUUGAAACAGAUGCCGCUCCACCCAGUCCUCGACGGUUUGGUCAAUGAAGUCAUUAACCUCGCCUUUAAGCACUUUAGAUACAAAGAGGGGUAUCAUGGUCCUAACACUGGCAACAUGCACACUGUAGCAGACCUUUAUGCUGAAGUCAUAGGAGUAUUAGCCCAGUCCAAGUUUCCUGCUGUGAAGAAGAAGUUUAUGGCCGAGCUUAAAGAGCUGCGGCAGAAAGAGCAGAGUCCGUACGUCGUCCAGUCCACCAUCAGCCUCAUCAUGGGCGUCAAGUUCUUCCGAGUUAAGAUGUAUCCUGUCGAGGAUUUUGAAGCCUCUUUUCAGUUCAUGCAGGAGUGCGGCAAUUAUUUCUUGGAAGUCAAGGACAAGGACAUUAAGCACGCUCUGGCCGGUCUUUUUGUUGAAAUUCUGGUCCCUGUUGCCGCAGCCGUGAAGAACGAGGUGAACGUACCCUGCCUCAGGAACUUUGUGGACAGCUUGUAUGACACAACCCUGGACUUGUCCUCCAGGAAGAAGCACUCGCUGGCUUUUUACCCACUGGUGACGUGUCUUCUGUGUGUCAGCCAGAAACAGUUCUUCCUCAACAGAUGGCACAUCUUCCUCAACAACUGCCUCUCAAAUCUAAAGAGUCGAGAUCCUAAAAUGGCUCGCGUUGCACUGGAGUCCUUGUAUCGGCUGCUGUGGGUCUACAUGAUCAGAAUAAAGUGUGAGAGCAACACUGCAACACAAGGUCGCCUCAGCACCAUCAUCACAACACUUUUCCCCAAAGGAUCCCGCAGCGUGGUACCAAGGGACAUGCCUCUCAAUAUCUUUGUCAAAAUCAUACAGUUUAUUGCACAGGAAAGACUUGAUUUUGCCAUGAAAGAAAUUAUAUUUGACCUCCUUUGUGUCGGAAAACCUGCAAAAGCAUUUAGUCUUAAUCCAGAGAGAAUGAAUAUUGGUCUAAGAGCAUUCCUGGUCAUAGCUGAUAAACUGCAGCAGAAGGACGGUGACCCUCCCAUGCCUAACACUGGUAGCACUUUGCCCUCCGGGAACACACUUCGAGUGAAAAAGACAUAUCUUAGUAAAACGCUCACAGAUGAGGAGGCCAAAGUUAUUGGGAUGUCACAGUAUUACUUCAGCGUGAAGAAGGCUAUUGACAACAUCCUCAGACACUUGGACAAGGAGGUGGGACGCUGCAUGAUGAUGACAAACGCUCAGAUGUUAAACAAAGAGCCUGAGGACAUGAUCACGGGUGAGAGGAAGCCUAAGAUUGACUUGUUCAGGACCUGUGUCGCUGCCAUUCCUCGUAUCCUGCCCGAUGGGAUGACCAAGCCUGAGCUGAUAGACCUGCUCUCUCGGCUGACAAUUCACAUGGACGACGAGCUGAGGCUAAUAGCCCAGAAUUCUUUGCAAAGUCUGCUCUUGGAUUUCUCUGACUGGCGUGACGACGUUCUGUUUGGAUUCACUAACUUCCUGUUGCGUGAAGUUCAAGACACUCACCAGGGACUGUUAGACACCUCCCUCAAAUUACUGCUGCAACUGCUCACACAGUGGAAACUUACCCAGGCUGCCCCAGGGAAGAGCUACGACACGGCUAAGAUACACACAGCCGAGCUCUUGCAGACCAGCUCAAGUCUGAAGGUGCCUCCCGAGCGAGGACCUCACUCCACGGUGCUGCACGCUGUGGAGGGACUGGCCCUUGUUCUGCUCUGCUCCUGUCAGCUGAGCACCCGCAAACUUGCCAUCGCCAUUCUCAAAGAGAUACGAAGCCUCUUUAUGACCAUCGGACAGACCGAGGAUGAUGACAAACCUAUGAUAGAGAUUAUGGAUCAGCUCAGCCCCGUAAUCCUGGACAGUUUUGUCAACGUUGCAGUUUCUGAUUCGGCCGCUCUGCCAGUUGGCCACCACGUGGACCUCCAGUGGCUGGUGGAGUGGAACGCACUUUUGGUCAACAGUCAUUAUGACAUCAGGAGCCCCUCGCACGUGUGGAUCUUCGCUCAGUCAGUGAAGGAUCCCUGGGUGCUGUGUGUGUACAGCCUCCUCCGACAGGACAACUUGCCCAAACACUGCCCCACAGCGCUCAGUUACGCCUGGCCCUACGCCUUCACUCGCAUGCAGACACUCAUGCCCCUGGUCGAUCCAAAUAACCCUGUUUACGCGAAAAAGACCAGCACCUCGGGCAGUGGGGACAGUCAUGUCACGCUGUGGAGAAACUACCUGAUCCUGUGUUUUGGCUUGGCCAAACCCAGCAUCAUGAGCCCAGGUCACCUGAGAGCGUCGACACCUGAGAUCACGUCUGUCACACCUGACAGCGCAGUCAGCCACGACAACAAGGUCAUCGGGAGCCCGUCCGUGGCUUGGCUCCUGAAGCAGUUGGUUCCCCUGAUGAGGGCAGAGAGCAUCGAGUUGACAGAAUCAUUAGUGCUGGGCUUUGGUCGCACCAAUUCCCUUGUAUUCAGGGAACUUGUAGAGGAGUUACAUCCCCUCAUGAAAGAGGCGCUAGAAAGAAGACCUGAGAACAAGAAGCGCCGUGAACGCCGUGACCUCCUGAGACUGCAGCUGCUGCGGAUCUUUGAGCUGCUGGCUGACGCAGGUGUCGUCAGUGACAGUACAAAUGGGGCCCUGGAACGUGACACCCUUGCUCUGGGCGCUUUGUUCCUGGAGUAUGUUGAUCUUACCCGGAUGCUUCUGGAGGCUGAGAAUGACAAAGAUGCCGAGAUCCUCAAGGACAUCCGAGCUCACUUCAGCGCCAUGGUGGCGAACCUCAUCCAAUGUGUACCAGUGCACCACAGGCGCUUCCUGUUUCCACAGCAGAGCCUGCGACACCAUCUCUUCAUCCUCUUCAGUCAGUGGGCCGGUCCAUUCAGCAUCAUGUUCACGCCUCUGGAUCGCUACAGUGACAGGAAUCACCAAAUCACGAGAUAUCAAUACUGUGCCCUAAAGGCCAUGUCUGCUGUUCUCUGCUGCGGGUCUGUGUUUGACAACGUUGGCCUCUCUCCUGACGGAUACCUCUAUAAGUGGCUGGAUAAUAUAUUAGCCUGUCAGGAUCAGCGGGUCCACCAGCUUGGCUGUGAAGUCGUGAUCCUGCUCCUGGAGCUCAACGCCGACCAGGUCAAUCUGUUCAACUGGGCUGUGGAUCGCUGCUACACAGGCUCCUACCAGCUCGCCUCAGGCUGCUUCAAAGCCAUCGCUGCUGUCUGCGGCAGCAGCAGAAACUGCCAAAGUGAUAUCGUCCCACUGCUGAACCUGGUUCUCUUCAAAGCUUCAGACACCAACAGGGAAAUCUAUGAGAUUUCCAUGCAGUUAAUGCAGAUCCUUGAGGCAAAACUGUUGGUUUACUCAAAGAAGGUUGCCGAGCAGAAGCCGAGCAGCGUCCUGUACGGCACUCACGGUCCGCUGCCGCCUCUGUACAGCGUCUCACUGCCUCAGUUGUCCAGCCAGCUGGCUCGGAUGUACCCCGAACUCACGCUGCCUCUGUUCUCAGAGGUUAGCCAGAGGUUCCCCACCACUCAUCCCAACGGGAGGCAGAUCAUGUUAACCUACCUCCUGCCGUGGCUCAGUAACAUUGAGCUGGUGGACAGCGGCCUGCUGCUGCCCGCCUUCGCACCGUGCACCUCAGAUUACGACGCGUCCACUCGCCAUGCGACCGCCCCGGCGGCUUCAUCGCACCAGCUGAGAGGCAGCGGCUGGGGCUCAGUGCAAGCUACGUCUAUGGUUCUCAACAACCUCAUGUUCAUGACUGCGAAGUAUGGGGACGAGCUGCCUGGACCAGAGAUGGAAAACGCCUGGAACGCUUUGGUCACUAAUGAGAAGUGGAGCAACAAUCUCAGAACCACCCUACAGUUUCUCAUCAGCCUAUGCGGCGUCAGCAGUGACACCGCUCUCCUUCCAUAUAUCAAGAAGGUGGUGAUCUAUCUGUGUCGCAACAACACCAUGCAAACCAUGGAGGAGCUGAUCUUUGAGCUGCAACAGACGGAUCCGGUCAACCCUGUGGUGCAGCACUGUGAUAGCCCUCCUUUCUAUCGCUUCACUGCCACGGGCAAAGCCUCCACGGCAGCAGCAGCAGCAGCAGCAGCAGCCUCAGGCACCACGUUGAGCAGCAACACCGCUGUCGUCUCCCAGGACAGUUUUCCCGAUACAGACGACUCCAAGACUGUGAAGGAGAAUGAGGAGAGGCUCAGCCACAUAAUGCGAGCUCACAACCGCCUGGAGUCACGCUACAGUAACAGCUCAGGAGGCUCUUACGACGAUGAUAAGAGUGAACCUCUGCCUCCCUACGCUGAUUGGCUGAUGGUUGUCAGUGAGACCAAUAAGCCCCACCCACUGCCCAUACCUCUGAAUGGAGGAUGCUGGGCUCCACUUGUGGACUUUCUGCCAGAGACCAUCACUCCCAAAGGACCAUUACACAGGUGUAACGUCGCGGUCAUCUUCAUGACAGAGAUGGUGGUGGAUCACAGUGUGCGAGAGGACUGGGUCAUGCACCUGCCUUUACUGUUACAUGCGCUGUUUUUGGGAAUGGACCACUACCGUCCCGAGGUGUUCGAGCACAGCAAACGUCUCCUCCUCCACCUGCUCAUCACGUUGUCCUGCAACAACAACUUCCAGGACAUCGCCUCCGUCUUACUGCAGACACGGGGGAUCAACGGCACCAAGACCCUCACCUACAAACCAAGCCUUCAGCCUGAGGUUUUACCCUCUGGAGGCUUCGACUUCCUGCGGGAGAGUCAGGCGUCUCCCGUCCCGGACUCUGGCCUGAGUUCCUCCUCGACGUCGUCCAGCCUGAGCCUCGGUGGCAGCAGCAACAACCUGCCCGACAUGUCACAGGAGGUGGAGGAGCUGGUGGCUUCCAGUAAAAUGGACGACAAGACCAACAAGCUCAUUGAGUUUUUAUCCACAAGAGUUCACGGGCCACUGUGGUGCCAUGAAGACAUUUCACCAAAGAACCAUAUUUCAAAAAGCACCGUGCAGCUGACAAACUUUCUGCGCCACGUGGUCUCUGUGUUCAAAGACUCCAAGUCAGAUUUCCACCUGGAGCAGCAGCUCAGUGACGUGGCCCUGCAGACGGCCUUGUGCAGCUCAUCGCGUCACUACGCCGGCCGCUCCUUCCAGGUGUUUCGAGCUCUGCGGCAGCCCAUCUCCGCCCAUGCUGUGUCAGACCUGCUCUCACGGCUGGUGGAAGUGGUCGGUGAACAUGGAGAAGAAGUGCAGGGCUACGUGAUGGAGGUAUUGCUCACGCUGGAGUCUGUGGUGGACAACUUGGCUGAAUGUCUGAAGAACAAUGAUCUGAUGUCCAUCUUGACGAGAGCCGCGUCUCCAGAUUUCCUGACCAGCUUAAAGGUGCUGUCCAACAGGAAGAGCACGGGGCAGAUCAACCUCAGAAGACAGAAAAGGAUCAGACACCAGAGAAGCUCCUCUGUGCCCAAGAAGUUCGGCGAGGCCGACCGGUGGUCGGAUCCCCCCCGCAGCGCUACACUGGACCGAAUCCAAGCCUGCGAGCAGCAGAUGUGUUGCUCUAAAACCUGCAGCUCGUCCUCGUCCAAGGACAACGUCAACGACCCGAGCAACAUCAACCACCCCAGCAACCUGCUGGCCACCAUCUUCUGGGUGGCCGUGUCCCUCAUGGAGUCGGACUUUGAGUUUGAGUAUCAGAUGUCGCUGAGGCUGCUGAAGAAGCUGCUGGGCCACAUGUCGCUGGACAAACAGGAGAACCGGGAGAAGCUGGAGAAGCUGCAGGGUCAGCUGAAAUGGAGCAGCUUCAGCGGACUCCAGCAGCUGCUCCUCAAAGGCUUCACGUCGCUGUCAACCACCGACCUCACACUUCAGCUCUUCUGCCAACUCACACCCGUGUCGCGAGUGCCCGUGGUGGACACGUCACAAGCCAUAGGUUUCCCUCUAAACGUUCUCUGCCUGCUUCCACACCUCGUGCAGAACUUUGAUGGCCCCACGCCGUUCUGUCAAGAUGUUGCUGAGAGGAUCGCUCAGGUUUGCCUCGAGGAGAAGAACGCCAAGCUGUCCAACCUCGCUCACGUCAUGACUCUGUAUAAAACACACGCCUACACGCGGGACUGCUUCUCCUGGGUCAACGUGGUGUGUCGCUAUCUUCACGAGGCCUUCUCGGAUAUCGCGCUCAGCCUGGUCACCUACAUGGCAGAGCUGUUGGAGAAAGGCCUCCCCAGUAUGCAGCAGACACUUUUACAAAUCAUCUACAGCCUCCUGAGUCACAUGGACCUGAGCGGAAUUCAAGCCAAACCCUUCAACGUAGAAGUGCUCAAGACGAUCGAGAAGUUUGUGCAGACCGUCCAUUGGAGGGAAGCACUAAAUAUCCUGAAGCUGGUGGUUUCCCGGUCGGCCAGUUUGGUGCAGCCCUCGGCCCCGCAGAGCGACCUCUCCUACGAGGACAUGAGCCGCGUCUGGGAGCGAUCCACCAAGGCCCUGCCCGGGAAAACUCUGGAUUUCCACUUUGACAUAUCUGAGACUCCAGUGAUUGGCCGGCGCUACGACAUCCUCCAGCGCUCGCCGGGCCAUGACGUGAAGAGCAGGAGCACGACAGUGACCUGCAGCACCUCGUCUACCUCGUCUGGAUCCACAGUCAACAACGUCCUGGUGCCGGUCAGCUGGAAGAGGCCUCAGUCUUCACAGAAAAGAACACGAGAGAAGCUGGUGCAUGUUUUGUCUCUGUGUGGACAAGAAGUUGGCCUCACGAAAAAUCCCUCGGUGAUCUUCUCCAGUUGUGGAGACCUGGACCUCAUGGAGCAUCAGCCCAGCCUGGUGUCUUCUGACGACGGGACCCGGGAACCGGACAACAUGGACGACACCACGUCGGAGCAGCAGUUCCGAGUCUUCAGGGACUUUGACUUCUUGGACGUGGAGCUGGAAGACGGAGAGGGAGAGACGAUGGACAACUUUAACUGGGGCGUGCGGCGGCGCUCCAUGGACAGCCUGGACCACAGUGACCUGCAGCCCCUGGAGGAGAGUCAGCUGUCGAGCAGCAUGCCCAGCCUCAGCAGGAUCGCCAACGAGGACUCGGACGAGUCGUCAGAGGAAGAUUCCCUCACCGUCAGCCAGAUACUCUCCCGCUCACAGCUCAUUGUCAGCCUCUCUCCGACAGCAGAGAGCAGUAGCGUGGACUCUCCCUCCUCCCCUCCGGCCGAUUCAACACCUCUGAACUCCAAACAUCCGAGUUUCGAGGUCCAAGUGCCAGAGGACUCGAAGCCGCGGCGCGAGCCGUCACAAGAAGACGAAGUCGCCGCCGUCCACGAGGACGAGGUGUCUCUGUCCAUCGUCGAGCUGCCGCCCGAGUUUCACUGUGGUGACGACUACAGAGGAGAGCUGGACCUCGACAGCUUCUUACCCAGUUUCGCCGAAGAGGAGAGAGACGACAUGCUGGAGUGCCGUUCUUCACCGCCGCCGUCACCUUUCUUCUCCGCCAUCCUCGCCGCCUUCCAGCCGGCGGUGUGCGACGACGCCGAGGAAGCCUGGCGAAGUCACAUCAACCAGCUGGUGUCCGACUCCGAUGGAUCCUGCGCCGUCUACACUUUUCAUGUGUUUUCUUCACUUUUCCAGAGUAUCCAGACCAAAUUCUGUUCGUUGACCUGCGACGCCGUGAGUUACCUCGGCGACGGACUGAGGGGGUUAGGGUCGAAGUUUUUGAGGUCUUCUCAGAUGCUGACGUCCUGCUCCGAGUGCCCAACCUUAUUUAUUGACGCGAACACGAUUAUGUCGUACGGUCUCCUGGAAAAAAUGAAAUUCAGUGUGUUGGAACUUCAGGAGUAUCUCGACACUUACAACCACAAAAGGGAGGCGGCUGUCACUUGGCUGAGCAACUGUAAAGCCACUUUUCCCCGGGCCACAGGGGGCGCCGUGAUAACAUGUCAACCCGUGGAGCACGAGGAAAAGCAACUGGAGCUCUGUCAAAGACUCUACAAACUCCACUUUCAGCUGUUGCUACUUUUUCAGUCCUACUGUAAAUUGAUUGAACAGGUCCACGCGAUCAGCUCCAUCCCUGAGCUGAAAAAUAUGUCCAGAGAGUUAAAUGAGAUGAAGAGGAACCUGAGGGAAGCAGCAGCCGCAGUAACCAGCGACGAGAUCGUUUGCCGCCAAAGCUCCUGCUCUGAGCCCACGUUCAGCUCCUCUGAAGCUGCCGUACAAGCCGUUCUGGAGUGUCUGAAGAACAGAGAGUUUAAAACGGCCAUUCGCUACAUUCGCGAGUGCAGAACAACUUGGCCUAACGACAUCUUUGGCAGCCACUCUGAGGAUGAGAUCCAGACGUUACUGAAUAUCUUCUUCAGACAUCAAACGCUAGGUCAAACGGGAACGUUUGCUCUGGUGGGCUCAAAGCAGGACCUGACAGAAAUCUCUGUCAAGCUGAUGGAACUUAACGGAGAGAUGCGGGACAUGAUCAGACGGGCCCAGGGCUACCGAGCCAUCACGGCUUUUCUCCCCGACUCCAGUGUCUCCGGCUCAACGCUAUGAUGGCGGUUUUGGCUGAAAUGUGUCCCUACCGGCACAGAACCCCCAUGCUAUGGCCUAGUCUCUAGUCCUGUCUGUGGCUGCUGCUAUUAUUGCUAUUAUCUCAGUGGAUAGAAAGCAUUAUGCACUCACGCUCACUUACUCUCUCUCUCUCUCUCUCUGGAAUAACCAAAAACCUCUUCUGCUUACUCUGAGUACACCAGGAUCUUGGACGUGCAGCAGUACUGUUGUUUUUAGACACAUGAGUUUAGUGUUGUUUGGCUUUUUAUCCAAUCCAACCCAUUUUUUUUUUUAUAAAGCACAUUUUAAACAAGAGUUGACUGGCUGUACACUCUCAGAAAAUAAGGUACAGAGUUGUACCUUUAAGGUUACAAUGGCUUGUCACGGGGUAUCCAAGUUGUACCGUAACGGGACCAUUGUUGUACCUCUAGCAACAAUAUUGACCCUUAUUUUAGUGCAUUUUAUAUUUAAAAUCAAGCUAAUUAAAUAAAAUUCACAGGCUAAAGACAGGGUACACAGGACAGGUCGCCGAGACACAUUAAUGAGUAUGGCCAACUCACCAGCCAGAGAAUAUUUCAGUCAAACUGGGAUACAAAACUGGUGAAUUCUUGCUGUGAGGCAACAAUGCUAGCCACCCGGGCCCCACAAGGAACUCGAGAACUCAAGAACAGGUGCAGCUGUGCUCAGAUGAGUAAACGGACGAACAAGAACCGUACAAAAACACAUAUAACAAAUAAAUUCCUACACUGCAAGCACCAGAUAUUCUCCCUUUAACAGCUGCAAACGGCUCACAAACAGCUGAUGUGGGCUAUAUGAGCUGUAAUUCGGCUAGUUGGCUAGCAUUGGUGCACUAGCGACAUUAGUAGCAUUAGCUUGUGCAUGAAGGGCAAAUUUGGUUGCCCCAAAAAGAUGCAGGACCAAAAUAAUAAAUAAAUGAUAAUAAACAGGUGACACACUACACAAACAAUAGGGAAUUUACUCCAUGUAUGUACAUUUUGUGCUAUUUAAAAGCUACAUACAGUAUAUGUACUUAGGUUAAAUAAUGAUCCCUCAGGGGUUAUUAGAUUGUACCUUGGGGUACAUAAAUGGACUCUUAAUGUAUUUCUGACUGUGUACAGUAAUAAUACAUUUUUUCUUUAAAAAAAAAAAAAAAAAAAAGCACAUCUAAGUGUGAGAAAAGACACACACAGCUACUGUGCGUCACGCUGUGUUUUAUUGCACUAAUAGCCCAGGAAUUUCCAGGCUGAAAUACGAGAGCGAAUAAACAUGAGCUCGAUGACUGGUCUGGUUUCCAGGCUUCUAAUAACACACACACACAUUAAAUACAUCUAAAGUUUAAAUCUAAGUGUUUGUCUUUCGGUCAUGUUGUUUUAUUUGUGUAAGGGAAAGUGUGCAAUCCUUCAUGGAGGUGUAAAAGCCUUUUACUGUAUCAUGAAAGAAUGUAUUUUAAUAUCACAGCAUUGGAAAAACAAAUGAGAAUUGUCCUUCAAGAAAAAGGGAGGCUGCGUUACUUGGUUUCAGUAGUGGGUCCUUAAUGAGUGUGUGUGUGUGUGUGUGUGUGUGUGUGUUUGUGUUGUGUGGUGUGUGUAGGUGCCUGAGUGUGUGAAUUAAAGACCUGAUGACCAUCACUGAUGGCGUCACAAUGUUGUUCUCAUAAACUACAUGCUGCAAAUCUACUGUAAUGUCUCCCAAACCUACAUUCUUUUAUGUGGGUCAUCUGUUACAUGAGUAAAACUCUUACUGUACCUUUUACCUGUGCAGCUUUAAGUAAUACAGUAAAUUAUUUAUAUGAUUUGCAGGGGGAGAACCGGCUUUUAUCAGACUAGAUUUAUAGGAAAUGUUUAUUUUACCUGCCAACCCUGCAGAGUCUAUGUAUUAACAAGAGUAAUAAUAACGUUCAAAAGCAUACACCGAAAGCUAUUUUUAAAGAAAAAUAUAUGAUUUGUACAUAGCGCAAAAGAGGCUUUGAUCGGACUCAUAAGAUUGUAUUUUUAUGAACUUACACUUUGAGUUGCAUGUAGAGUUAAAGAGAUUCCACAGGAAGUGUUGGUGUCGCCUCUCGCCUUGUAAAUACUACUGCCUUUGCAACGGAUUGUACGGUGGUCUGUACACUUCUCUAAUAAGAAUUAAACCUACAUUUGUAAA